AUGAUUUCAAAUAUCAAAUAUCUUCUUGAUGAUGAUGAUGAUGACUACACAUCCACAUACCCAAAUUGCGCGUCUUCUACCAAUAAAGCCAGAGACCCAUCACUCCACUCAGGAUCUUGGGCUGGACCAAGGCAGAUCGCUGCGGAUCCGUAUCGGCGGAUAAAUAAUAACUAUGACGUCUAG